CAUGCCCUCUGCUCCGGAACCGGACGCUGAGCAAGACACAACCUCAACCGUUCCCUCUGGCCGGAAGUGCCCUCAGUAAACAUGACUCUGGCUUCGCCCCGGCCCGACCACGGGGCCUCGGCAGGCGGGAUUCGCACAGCCAUGGCUGCAUCCUGUGCCGUUUGGCUCAGGGACCCGGUGGAGUGGGUGCUCUGCCCCUAUGACGACCAUCACCGCGUUCCCCGGGCGUCGCUGGAGAGGCACGCUGCGUCCUGCCGGCUCCGCAAGAUGGGCUACUCCGCCGAGGAGGAGGCUGAGAUGUACGACUCCAGCUUCUUCUACGAAAACCUGAAGGUUCCUACCGUCGCCAUGGAUAAAGAUCUACAGUUUCACAUUGUUAAGCAAGCUAGAGCUCAAAGUGUGAAAGAAGGUACAAGCUACAGCGAAGGAUCUUACUCUUCACUGCCUGUAGAAGUUCCACAAAAUCACAAACGUUUUACCUGUGAUUUGACUCAAGCUGAUCGCCUUGCUCUUUAUGAUUAUAUUGUUGAGGAAACAAAGAAACAGAGGUCAAGAUCCCAAGUAACAGAAAAUGACAGUGAUCUGUUUGUGGAUUUAGCAGCAAAAAUCACCCAAGAUGAUAGUCAGAAAGGUCCCAAGUCCCAUCUUGAAAUUCUGGCUGAAAUGCGAGACUACAAAAGGCGGCGGCAGUCAUACAGGGCUAAGAAUGUUCACAUAACAAAGAAGUCUUACACUGAGGUGAUCCGGGAUGUGAUUGGUGUGCAUAUGGAAGAACUCAGCAAUCACUGGCAGGAGGAGAAUAGGUUGGAUAAUGCAGAAAUACGUGAAGGAGGGAAGUCAAAAUCUUCAGGAAGAAAGGAAGACAGACGGUCAGCUUCAGUGGACUCACGGCAGUCUGGAGGAAGCUCUAAGGAUACUGAACACACUAGACAUAGGAGAGAGAGCAGCAGGAGUCCAAGUAAACGAAAAAGGAGUUGUGAAAGAGGCAGAGAUUCUCGGAGGAAAAGAGAGAGGGAUGAAGACAAGUAUCACAGCCAUAAAAGAAGAAAGUAGGAACAAGACCCUGAUAAUUUUGUCACCCAUUCCAAAAACUACUUGCACAGGAACUACCAUCACUGCUGUUCUGACAGGGACAGUAAUGCUAUGUGGUGGUAUUACAUGUGUUGGUGUUGUAUCACUGCUGUGCUUGGAGACAAAACCAAAACAAUGUUAAGGUCUAUCAAGAUGGAAGCAGCAUACUAUCAGAAAAUGUGUACAUCUGUAACACUACUGCAUUUAUUAAUAAAUUAUAUUGAUCUUUUCUAUUUGUGUAUAGCCUGUCAAGGCUGUAGGAUGAAGUCUCUGAGAAGCUGUACUAAUUUGCUUUCCUGGCCUGUAUGUGGUGGAAAGAGAGCGAGCUAAUCCCUGGAGUCUAGGAUCAAUUACAGAUGGAAAGGGCAUGAAGACAGCUCCCUUCCUACCCUCCCACCUGACCUUUUCACCCCUGGGGGCAGUGCUCUGGAAAGACAGUACUUAA